UAUCAAUACAAAUACAUGUAAAUUUCAUUUAGUGAAGAUUAUAGCCUUAACAUAUUCUUGAGUGGUUUGGUAAACAUUUGUGUUUUGUCACUUUUAAGGGUCAGAGGAUAGAAGUCUGGGUGGAGAGCAGAAGAGUGAGAUGAAAUGACAACGUCAACAUUACAGAAAGCGAUUGAUCUUGUGACCAAAGCCACAGAGGAAGAUAAGGCAAAGAAUUAUGAGGAGGCCUUGCGCCUGUACCAGCAUGCUGUGGAAUAUUUCCUACAUGCCAUCAAAUAUGAGGCCCACAGCGACAAGGCAAAGGAGAGUAUACGAGCAAAGUGUAUGCAGUACCUGGACCGAGCGGAGAAACUUAAGGACUAUCUGAAAAAUAAAGACAAACAGGGCAAAAAGCCUGUCAAGGAGGCACAGAGCAAUGACAAGAGUGAUAGUGACAGCGAGGGUGAAAAUCCAGAGAAGAAAAAACUGCAGGAGCAACUUAUGGGCGCUAUUGUAAUGGAGAAGCCUAAUGUCAGGUGGAACGAUGUGGCUGGCCUGGAGGGAGCUAAGGAAGCCCUGAAGGAAGCUGUCAUCCUGCCCAUCAAAUUCCCUCACCUCUUUACAGGCAAGCGGACCCCGUGGAGAGGCAUCCUGCUGUUUGGUCCUCCGGGGACGGGCAAGUCGUACCUGGCUAAGGCCGUGGCCACUGAGGCCAAUAACUCCACCUUCUUCUCUGUCUCCUCCUCAGACCUCAUGUCCAAGUGGCUAGGAGAGAGUGAGAAGCUGGUGAAGAACUUAUUUGACUUGGCUCGCCAGCACAAACCCUCAAUCAUCUUCAUUGAUGAGGUGGACUCGCUAUGCGGCUCCAGGAACGAGAACGAGAGCGAGGCCGCCCGCCGCAUCAAGACAGAGUUCCUGGUCCAGAUGCAGGGUGUGGGAAACAACAACGAUGGUAUCUUGGUACUCGGAGCUACCAACAUCCCCUGGGUGCUAGACGCUGCCAUCCGUAGAAGAUUUGAGAAGCGUAUCUACAUCCCUCUGCCGGAGGAGCCGGCUCGGGCUCAGAUGUUUCGUCUCCAUCUGGGCAACACGCCACACAGCCUGAGUGAGGCCGACCUGCGGCAGCUCGCCCGCAAAACAGACGGCUACUCCGGCGCCGACAUCAGCAUCAUCGUCCGGGACGCGCUCAUGCAGCCUGUCAGGAAGGUUCAGUCUGCCACGCACUUCAAAAAGGUUCGUGGUCCAUCCCGAAGCAACAACCAGGUGAUGGUGGACGACCUCUUGACCCCUUGUUCCCCCGGUGACCCUGCAGCCAUAGAGAUGACCUGGAUGGAUGUGCCUAGUGAUAAGCUACUGGAGCCCAUAGUCUGCAUGUCGGACAUGCUGCGCUCUCUGUCCACCACCCGUCCCACAGUCAACACUGAAGAUUUGCUGAAGGUCAAGAAGUUCACAGAGGACUUUGGGAUGGAGGGCUGAGGGACAGAGCACCACCCUGCCCUGCCCCACCUCUCCUCAGUUCACCAGAAGGGUCAAACUGCUCCCAGCAACACUCACCCCACCCCUCAACCGCUGUACCAUCCUGUAGGCUUUCAUCUCUCAGCUGAGCGCUUGGUUCACUGCCUCUCAUGGAUUCCAAAAGAAGCGACUGGUCUGCGCGAACGGAGAAAGAAAUCUUCUAUUACUUCCUUGUAGUAUCAUCCAGGCCAGUGUUUUUGAAUCCUUGCAGGAAGUUGACCAAAUGCUACAAUAGAAAUUUUUGGUGUGAUUUGGUAGUUGGACAAUAGAGCCCACGUCUUUCCCCCAUUUCUGACAGUGUUCCGUUAUAAAGCAGCCGCUACAGCAUAUUCACUACAAGAACUUCUCAUCUAACCUGCAUUGGUGUGAGGAAAGCUGCAUUUGAGUCUAAAUGCAUAAAGUCUGUCCCUCUCUGAGCUGAUUCUAUCUGACUGAAAGACUGUACAUUUUGUUGCCAUGGUGCACUUUGCUUUGGAUCGCAAUGAAGGACAGUGACGUAUGAAGAAGAGACAAAAGAAGAAGACAGUUCUCCUGACAGGCAUGCGAGUGUGUAAAUGCAUCUAAGUGUUUUUAUUAAGCUUGUGUGUCUUAAUGUAUUUGUCUGUAUGUUGAGAGCCCUGUUAUUUUGUUAUUUGUCGAAGAGUUAAAUUAAUGGAUCUUUGCUGCCUCCGUGGCCCUCUACAGCUCGUUGUGUGUCGACAUCAGGCCUGUACCUCAGUGCAAGCAGCAGUUUGAGUGAAGCUAUCAUGUUCAAUAUUUACAAUGCAAGAGAUGUGCUUGAUCGAGAGCCAAACACCACGUUUCCUCCAUCCAAAAGCUUGAAAAAGAUUUUUUAAAAACUCAAGUGUUAAUCCUUUAGUUGUUCUUGAGAAAAAAGCCUCACCACAAGGUUCAUUUCUUAGCUGUUCUGGAGCUUUCAGUUAUAUUACACGGUCUUCCUCAGCAGGAGGAGGAUACAUGUUCAAGUGUACAUUUUCUACUGUAAGGACUGCUCAUCCGUCUUGGCUGGAGAGCUGAGGCUGAAAGGUCAUACUUGACCCUCGAAAAUAGCAGUUGGUCCAUUUAGCAGAAGUUCUGGAGCUUUCGAUUAUAUCACAUGAUGUUCAUCACCACAGCUUAUAAAACAGUGCAGAUGAGGAGUCUGUGAAAUGUUCUGAAAAAAAUGAGAAUUUGGGCAAACUCUUGCUGAAGAAGACCAUGUAAUUGAACUGAAAGCUGCAGAGCAGAUGCUAAAUAGACCUAGCUGAGGCUGUUGUCUCUUCUGCUGUUCCCAAUGAAAAUUGAAUUUAAAAUCCGGUCAAAUGAGUUUCUGCACUGCAUUUCUCAGAAAGCACUUGUCUGAGAGCGAGCGGCACUGUGAUGUCCUCCUGUUUGAAUUUUAUUUGACUGAACUUUGUCUUUCCGUAGCUGUCCUUCCUGUUCCUGUUACAGAGAAUCAAUCAAGCACGUCUCUUUGAAUCUGAGUAUUUUGAUUGUGGUUUGUUUGCCCUGGCAUACAUUGUUCAGUAAUGUUACAGAACACUUUAUACAACAUGUUUGAUCACACCUGACUGACUAUAAUAGAGAUAGUUUGUUUACA